UUUGAUGGCUGUGUGUGGGAAUUCAGCAAUGUUAACGACAUGGUGGAAGAUGGCUAAGAAGAAAUCGUCAACACGGAUCUAUCUUCGGAUUGACAACUUCAAAGUUAGAUAUGCUCACGUUCCUCAGCUCUCUUAUGUGGCAAUAGAUUCACGGGACAUGAGUGCGUUUCAAGACUGUUCCUUUGAUGCGGUCAUUGACAAAGGCCUGGCCGACGCCAUGCUAUGUGGAGUUGAUCCGGCCGAAGGCGUUCUACACAUGCUAAGAGAAACUUAUCUCGCUUGCAGGAUUUUGAGACCACAAGGAGUGUUUAUGCUGAUCACAUACAGCCACCCCGAAAUACGAAUGCCGGCGUUGCAGGAACCAGGAUUGAAAUGGUCCAUCCUUCUGUACGCCUUGGCCAAGCAAAGCCGUAAUGGAAACCAUUGAGGGAGUAACUCCAGAUUCACUGCCCAUUGACGAGCGCAAC